AUGGCGAUCAUACCUCAGUGUAACGAAUGGGUUCAGGCAAUAAUCGACCGAUUUGAUAAACAGUUGCCUUACAACGUUGGUAAGGUGAACAGUCAAGCUAAAAUAAGCGCUGAGCAAAAUAGGCGAUGCUUGCUGACUGUAAGCCGUAAUGAACUAAAGCGUGUAAUAUCAGGUUUAACAACAACCCUACGGAAUAUAUUGCUUAAUAGCGAGAUAGUGAAAGAGAAUCCUAACAGUAACAUUGACUUAGAAGAUAUUAAUGAAUCUAAAUCGAUAACUCUCAAUACAUUGGAAGAAUGCUUCAAAGUGAAUCAAGAUUCAACUCUUGACAGGGAACUUAUCGAAGCAUUAUUACAAACUCUUGCUCAGAUUACGGCGAGAUCGCGAGAUUCCAAGCCAAGUUCCCGCGAGGCUGCAGGUCGCAUUAUUUUACAAAUAAGCAACAAAUAUUGGACAACGGUUUUUAAACACGUUUCUUCCAGUAUCCAAUGGCUAUCACGAGGAACAGACGAUCAUGCAGACACUUGUGGAAUCGAAUUAACACAAUAUUUAUCUCUUUCGAUUACUAGAAUAAUUUUACUUUUUAAAGAGUCUCGCUGUUUUAUGUCAUUGAAAAGAACUCCACAGCAAGUGUUAUCGGACUCCAUUAGUAAGGGCGUCUGGAAUUGGCUGAGAAAUAAUCCGAAAGAAUUUUCACAGUUGUACCGAGAUAGAAAUCCGGAACUUGCAGAUGUAUCUUUAGUUCUAUUUGAUAAAAUGGAGGAAUAUGCUGACAGUAUAAAGAAAAAAAUAGUUGUUUGGCCGCUACAGACCUUACUCUUGGCACUUGCCCCUGACGCCGUAAUAGAAAAUACAAAAUUGAAAGCUAGUAGAAAAUACAAGUCCUUGGCUGGAAACAAACAGUUAGCGGAAGGGGCAGCUAUUGCUUGUGCUGAUUUGUGUAAAAUUGUAAAUUAUUUAGAUGCUGAUGUCAAAGCUAAUAUAAUUCUUGCUGCUGCAAAGAUUAUCACUGAUCUAAAGCAAAUGUUUCUUAAUCCACAAAAACCCUUUGGACGAAUUAUUGGAAGUAGUACUGGAAGUGCAAGUACUCUGGAAAUACAAAUUAUUAGCGAUGUCUUUUUGGCUAGUUUCCGCACAAAGAGCUUGAGUAUACAAUAUAUUGAGCAAUGUUUGCUGCCAACAGCGCCUACAAACUUGCAUUUGGCAAUUGUCAGGGGUCUCAAGGCUAUUGUUACGGAAAAUUCCAUGGCUUGGUGGCCUCCUGCUUCUUCUCUCUAUGUACUUGCUUCAGAUUUAAGAAUAGUAUUUAGGGAAGCGUUGACUAGAAUGCUUCAAACGGAAAGGCGUAAACAGACUUUUAGCAAGAAUAAGGAUAAGAAACAAAAGAUCGAAGAAUCUAACCGAGAUAGAGACUUAGUUUUAUCGCUAAUAUUACUAUUUGACGAUGAUCCUGCAUUGGCAUUAAAUACCUUGCGACACUUUCAUCAGUUGGAAAAUGUAUUGUACUUAGAUACAGCAAACUGGACAUCUACUUUAUGGAAUUUCAACUCGUUAGUUGUUUUAACACUGUCAGGAAAAUUGGUUGAGAGAGUACUGGAAUGUGAUGUUUUACAGCUAGCUAUGUGGUUAAGAGAAAUUCUUACUUUUCGUGGUCGUUUAUUGGGAAAAUAUAAGGAUGACAGAAUGAUUGUUAAGUCGUCGAUGUUUACAGUUACGCUACAGAAGUUGGAGACUGCACUACUGUCAUGCCUAUGGAAUUCCAAUAUUGAGACUGUACUUACUGCUUUAUCCUGCCUUCGAUAUUUGCAUAAAGAAGCAGAAUAUCAACUGUCAACGUUGGAUGAUAGUAAUCAAUUGCCGCUUUGCUUUGUAAAUUAUCAAGAAUUAGCUAGCUUAGCUGAUGAGCUAAUAACAGGACGAGCUGCCAUUCAAAAACGAAUAGGUGCCAUUCUGAUCAAAGUUGAGGAUCAUACUGAGGGAAACUUUCAGGCAUGGAAAGAAGCUCUUAAAUGCUGGCAAAAGUCAACUAAUCAUCUUUUAAGACAACUAAAAGAAGAGUCGGGACUGUACGAUUUUCUUGCUAUGAAAAGAAGGUCAGGUAGUUCUUAUGCUCCUACUCAGGAUGACUUUAACGAGUGGGCUAAUGUGACAGGUUUCUUGUGUUCUUUUGGGGGUAUUGUUGUUAGUAACGCUAAUCAGAUUCUGUUAAGAUCUGGAAAUAAACAGAAAGAACGCGAAAGGGAUAGUUUAGCUUAUGCUAGAAAAUUCAUAAUUGCGUUGCUAAACUUACUUGAUUGCAACAACGAUCAGUUUGGAGCGCAGAUUCGCGGUACUUUGAAAGAAAUUAUCGGACAAAAUAUGAGUCCACUAUUGCAUCCAAUCCUAUUCGAACAAAUAGAAGAAUUACUUUCUACAUUUUUUCCGCAAAAUAAGCAGGCGAUUAUUUUAGAGUCGAAUACAUUAUUUGCUGAUCAGAUAAUAUCGAUUAUCCGAGGAAUAUUAAAUAAAGGAUCCGACGAGCAGCUUUAUAGCUACUUAAGAAAUAUAAAUAUUGAAACUAUUAUGUUAUAUUUAAUCAGGUAUAUAAGAAAUUUGCCGAUGACAGCCCAUACAGUUCCUAUUAAAAAGAGGCUUUGCCAACUCGUGCAAAACGUUAUGAAAAGAAAGGACGCCUUAACAUUUACACAACAAAUAAAAUUUCGUAAUAAAUUAGUUAGUUACCUAACGGAGUGGGUUAUGAAUGUAUCUGGAUCAUCCUCAGAUGUUUCAAGUGAAAUUAAAGGAAUGCUAAGAGAUUUAGAUUUAGCCUGCAUGCAGGCGAUAGCAGUCCUUCUGGCAGAUUUACCCUUACAACCGGAUGAAACUGAACCAAAUACUAAUGACACAAAAAUAAAAAUUUAUCUAAAAUAUUUCACCUUAUUUAUGAACCUUUUAAAUGAGUGUAGCUUGCUACACCAAGGGUCUCCUAGGAAGCAAGAACGCCUCUUAUCCGAUUAUUAUUUGCUAUUACAUGAUUGCACUGUAGCUGCAAUGUCGAAUUUAUUGCAAGCUAAUAUCGAUUAUGGCCUCACGUUAUCGUUAGGGCUCGGCUAUCAUUCUGACUUGCAAACAAGAACAAUUUUUACCGAAAUACUUACAAAAAUAUUGCGAGAGGGCACUGAAUUUGAUACCCUAGCGGAAACCGCAUCGAGUGAUAGAUUUGAAAAGUUCAUAAAUCUUUUUAUGACCACCCUGAAAGAUUCCAAGUUACCUCUUGUUCUCGCUCUGAUAAAUGGGGUUUCACAUUCGCAACUCGAUGAACUAUGUCAAGCUUUGAUUCCUUUGUCAGAAGCAAAAAGUGAACUAGAUACCCUUCUUUUGAAUGUGUUUGGCAGAGAGGUUACUUCUUCUGAUGACGUAAACACUUUGUUUCGUGGUAAUACUGUUGCUAGUAAGAUGAUGACUUUUUGCUGCAAUACGUUUGGUAAAGAAUACUUGGUCAGUAUCAUAGACAAAGUCCUAGAUUAUAUUUGCAGCAGCGAUAGAGUCGAUCAUUCAUACGAAGUGGAUCCAACUCGGAUUAACGGCGAAGAAAAUGUUGAAACUAACAGCGUCAACUUAAUCAAUUUAGCUAAGAAUGUUCUAAAUAUUAUUCUAAGCUCAGCGCAUAUGCUGCCUAGUCAACUCAAGAGUGCAUGUCAUUGUCUAUAUGAGGUAGCUGAAUCGCGCUUUCCUCAGAGUGGUCUUAGUGCCGUUAGUAAUGCAAUUUUCUUACGAUUCCUAAAUCCAGCUAUUGUUUCUCCGUUAAGCAUUGGUUCUAAGAAAAGGGAAAUAUCAUUAAAGUCUGUCAGAGGAUUAAAGCUCGCAUCCAAGAUAUUACAAAAUUGUGCAAAUCAAGUCUUAUUCGCGAAAGAACACCAUAUGUUACCUUUCAAUGAUUUUCUUACAAAUCAUUUCAAUGCUAUUAAGGAAUUUCUUUUAAAUAUAUCAUCAGAGAAGGGAAAUAAAGUUGGAGACAAAGCGGACUUAGCCUUCGUAAAUGAUAGUCUGAUAUAUUCUCUUUAUUCAAUUGUAUUUGACAACCAGGAACAAAUAACUCAAUAUUUUGCAGCAAAUAGAGGAUCACGGUGUAAUAAGUCUCGUGAGCUACUAGAUCAAUUAUCUAUUUUAUUAGCACAACUUGGUCCUCCAAAGAAACAAUUUAAGCAAUCUUAUGAAAUACAACGAACUCAAAGUACCGAAACUGAAAGUGGUUCUUUAUUCUACGAAUUUAUGGCGAAGCAUAAACAUUAUAACGAACAGGAAAUGGAAAUUAUCAAAGAUGCUAAUUUUUUUUACUUGGAGGGAAAGUCUCGGAAAAAGUAUCCAGUAUUUUACUAUAUUUGCAAUAACUUGUGCUGCGAACAAAUGAAUGAAGAAUUAGUAAUUUAUUAUAUCAUGUCAUCAUUGGCACCUUAUAUGAAUAAGCCGUGGGAACUUGUAAUUGAUUGCACAAAAUUCGGUCCACCGAAUCAGUUAAAAGGAAAUUUCAUUUCAAAAUGGUUUCAUGUCUUUCCUAACCAAGCGACUGAUAACUUACAAGCAGUAUAUAUUUAUAACUGUAACAAAUGGGUUAGAAAUUAUGUAAAAUAUCACGAAAGAGUAUUUCAAAGAGUUAAGGGAAAUGAAAAAAUAAUAGUUAUCGAUGAAUUAACGAAAAUAUAUGAGUACAUUGAAGAAAAUGAGUUAAAAUUGCCUUCAGCUACAACUUCAUUGCAAAAAGAUAACAAAUUAUUUAGUAAUAUUGCUCAAAAGGUUAGAGUUCCAAGUCUUUACUUACCGUCCUUAGCUUUCUUGAUAGGGCCAUCUUCAUUACAAAUACGCAGUGCUGAGAAAGUAAAAUUAUUAGGUUUUGCAACUACUCUAAAUGAUGUCUUUCUGGCGUCAGAAAUUGAAGAAAUAUCGCUUCGUAAUGAAAAUACCUUCACAUUAAAAUGUACCAAUUAUGGUUUAAAUAUGGCCUUUAUUAGUGGAGAAGCAGAACAAAUAGUUAAUGCGAUAUCACUGAUCAAGCAUAGAUGGCAGUUAUCCCAGCCGAAUUCAAUUAACGUAUAUAAAAAAAUUACACCAAAUGAAGUACCUGGGACCUUACUUAACAUGGCUUUACUAAAUCUUGGAAAUAACGAUUCAAAAUUACGUUCCUCAGCGUAUAAUUUAUUAUGUGCAUUGGCGACCGCCUUUAACUUACCACUAGAAGGGCAACUUCUCGAAACCAGGGGUUUGCGUAUUCCUGCAAACAAUUUAAUCUUUAUUGUUAGCAUAAGCCAGCAUUUAGCUAAGUGCGAACCUUUCCUCACGCUUCAGUUCCUCGAAGAAAGCAUUGAUAGCUUUGCCAAAUCUAAAAUUGAGUUGAAGCACUUGUGCUUACAAUACAUGUCACCCUGGCUUCCCAAUCUGGCAAGGUUUAUAACUACAGGAAUAACUGAAAGACAGAAAGUUAUUGUUAUUAUAGAAAAACUGAUUGAUCUAACAAUAAAAGAGAAAGAGAUGAACUCUUCCGUACAAGCUGCCAUCUGGGAAAAAAUGGGUCAAGUUAGAGAGCUAAUAGAUUUAGUUCUUGAUUGCUUUAUUCAGGCUAGCGGUCAAAGAGGCCUAGAUUCUCCAAACGCGGAAGUCAUGGCUAAUGCUACUGUUGCUCUAGCUGCAGCCAAUCUAGAAAUUGUUUCUAAUAAGAUUAUUGAGCGUAUUAGCCAAUCGUUAUGCACCUGUCGAAAUUUGACCCUCACUGAUGAAACAUUGGAAUUACUUCGUCAUCGAUUAGAAGAAUUGUCAUCUGCAAGGCACUGUCAUCUUUUCGGUAUUAGCCUAAGAUCCGAAGAAAGAAUGUCACUUAACGCGUUAGAAUCAAUAACAGAUCUUUUGGUUGAGGUCAUGAACGCUUGCAAUCGCGAUUUACCUAACUUGAGCUGGCUUGACACAUGGAUAACAUUGGCAUCAAAGUUUGUCGUCUAUCAUAAAUCUUAUUCUUGGACGCGUAGAGAUUUACUGGGUUUAUUUAUUUUCCGUAAAUUAGAACUCGAGACUACACCAGCUAUUAUUUUGGCUCGCAAUUUCAGUACUACAGGGGAAUCAUCGUUGUAUGCCUCAGGAUUAGGACUGCUAGAAGAAAGUAUUUAUGCAUUGGAUAGCCAGGAGAUUUUUACAAAUCAGGUCCUACAUAUUCCUGUGUUAAAAAUGCGUUUACCGAUAUUGGAGGAAUGCGGACGCUUUGAUAACUUUACGAAAUGCAAUUUCGAAAGUAACUUUCACUUUGCCAUGGUUGCAAUUCUGCUAAAAGGACGUCAUCAUCCGUCUCCUGAAACCUGUGCUCAGAGUAUUAGGCUGUUAGAUACAUUACUCCAUCUAAUUAAUCGUAGCAAAGAAUGUGGCAAGUAUGAUGUAAACGAGGAAAGCACUGCUUACCUUGCAGCUUUAUAUCCACUAGUGGAUGAAAUACCUCAGAAACUUGCUCGCAAAUCUCUCGAUGCGAGCUCCACUUCGCUCUUUAGCGCUGAUAAUUCAGGUGGUUUCCUUUGGAAUAAAUUGCUGGAUCCAUCGCUGUCAGAAAAGACUAAAGUGUUGUUACUCUGCACUCUUGGUAUACAUUUCCAUUAUAUACAUGAUGAGCCUAAGCUUAGGAUCCUUAGUGAAAUUAUCGAAGAAGCGUCAAGAGUUAUGCCGUUAUCUUUUCCUAUAUUGGGCCAUAUCAUAGAUCAAAAAGUUGGUUCAAUUUUAGCUCAUAAUCGAGAUUUAUACAUAUUGGGUUAUGUGCAGUCUAUUGUACAAUUUAUGUUAACUACUAAAGCAGACUAUCGUAACAUUAUUAGUAGUGAUUACUUGCAAGAAAUUGGAUUUGACGGAUAUUUUAAAUUCGCCGGUCCUUUUGAUCAGGAUGAAGAUAUCGAUAGACAGACAAAUUGGUUUCAUCUGUUUACAAAACUGUGUCAAGCUUUUCUGCGUACUUACGAAGGUGUUUAUAAAGGCAUGAUACCCGGAGUCAACUUCGAGUCAAGGCGUGGGGAUAGGCGAGCUACUCAAAAGUCAGGGACAAGUAAUCCAGCAUUUGUUACAGUUUUCAUCGAAUACCCUUCCCAUGGCCAAUGA